AUGUCUGUCAGUCGCAUACGGCCUGAGUACUCUGGACCUCCAGAACUGGCGGAGACAGUACGGACUUAUAUGUUUAUAAGGGUUGAGUACUAUAACGAAACUGAGGCGUCUAAAUAUGCAUCCAAUUCACACAUUGUUAGAAUUCAAGCAGAAAUGGCUGAAAGAGCGCUGGAGUUGCUUGCAUUGCCUGAGGAGAAAUCCGCUUUCCUUCUUGAUAUUGGAUGUGGUACUGGUAUCAGUGGUGGAGUGCUCGCGGACAAUGGUCAUGUAUGGGUAGGACUUGAUAUAAGUAGACCUAUGUUGAAAUUAGCUAAAGAGGAUGAAGAAGAUAGAGAUAAUGUUGGUGAUUUUGUGUGGACGGACAUGGGAAGUGGAGUACCUUUUCGGCCAGGGGCCUUUGAUGGAGCCAUUAGCAUAUCAGCUAUACAAUGGUUGUGUCAUGCUAAUGCUGCUGAUCAAAACCCGAAACGCCGGCUACACCGAUUUUUUCAGACGCUCUAUGGUUGUUUAGUGAGUUUCAAUCGAGUUAUUCCCUGA